AUGCGUGGCCCCCUAGCCUGGCCGCUGCUGCUGCUCAUGCGGCGGGCCCCACUCGCCCGCGCAGGGACAUCAUCGGCCCACGAGUGGACUCGAGCCGUCCGUGCAUGGACCCCGGCAACCGGCACCUGGACAGCGUCGGCCCAUGAGUGGACCCGGGCCGCCCGCUCGUGGACCCCUGCUGCCCGCGCGUGGACAUCGUCGGCCCUCGAGUGGACCCGGGCCGCCCGCGCCCCUACUCUCCUGUCAGCGCGGCCGGGAUUGCCGGGCGGCGCGGGCCUUGCGAGGGCCCCGGGGCGCUGGGCCGGGUCCCAGGGCAGCGGGCUCCAGGGCGGCCCCGCGGCGGCGGCCGGGGCUGGGACGGAGGCUGGGCGGCACGGGCCACCAGCGAGCCCCGGGGAGGACUGGCGGUCGCGCCCCGCUGUGGCCGGGCGCUCGGAAGCCCGGAAGCUGCUGGGGCUGGUGCGCCCCGAGCGCGGGAGGCUGGCAGCUGCUGUUGGGUUUCUGGCCGUGUCCAGUGUUGUCACCAUGUCUGCCCCUUUCUUCCUGGGGAAGGUCAUCGAUGUCAUCUAUGCCAGCCCCACCAUGGACAGUAGUGCCAGCCUGACCGACCUCUGCCUGGGGCUGACCUGCGUGUUCCUGUGUGGUGCAGCUGCCAAUGCCGUCCGCGUCUACCUCAUGCAGUCUUCAGGUCAGCGCAUUGUGAACAGGCUUCGAACCUCGCUGUUCUCCUCUGUUUUGAGGCAGGAUGUUGCUUUCUUUGACAAGACUCGCACAGGAGAAUUGAUCAACCGCCUGUCCUCAGACACUGCGCUCCUGGGGCGCUCGGUGACUGAAAACCUCUCAGACGGGCUCAGGGCUGGAGCCCAGGCCUCAGUUGGCAUUGGCAUGAUGUUUUUUGUCUCACCUGCCCUGGCCACUUUUGUCCUGAGUGUGGUGCCUCCGAUGUCCAUCCUUGCAGUGGCUUAUGGGCGAUACCUGAGGAACCUAUCCAAAGCCACACAGGACUCUCUGGCACAAGCCACUCAGCUAGCAGAGGAGUGCAUCGGAAAUAUCAGAACUGUGCGAGCCUUUGGCAAAGAGGUGGCUGAGGUGGAGAAAUACUCUCACAGAGUGGACCAUGUCAUGCAGUUGGCAAGGAAGGAGGCCUUUGCUCGGGCUGGCUUUUUUGGAGCAACGGGACUGUCUGGGAACCUGAUCGUGCUAUCUGUCCUGUACAAGGGAGGACUGCUGAUGGGUGCUGCCCACAUGACGGUGGGCGAGCUCUCUUCCUUCCUCAUGUAUGCCUUCUGGGUUGGACUGAGCAUUGGAGGUCUGAGCUCUUUCUACUCAGAGCUGAUGAAGGGCCUGGGUGCCGGUGGCCGGCUCUGGGAGCUCUUGGAGAGGCAGCCCCAGAUGCCUAUUGACGAAGGGGUCACUCUACGUGAGAAGAGCUUCCAAGGCGCCUUGCAGUUUAAGAACGUGCACUUUGCCUACCCGGCUCGUCCAGAGGUGCCCAUAUUUCAGGAUUUCAGCCUUUCCAUCCCGGCAGGAUCUGUCACAGCUCUGGUUGGCCCAAGUGGCUCUGGCAAAUCCACUGUGGUCUCGCUUCUACUGCGACUGUAUGACCCCCUUUCUGGAGCUGUUCUUCUCGAUGGCCAUGACAUCCGCCAGCUGAACCCAGCCUGGCUGAGAUCCAAGAUUGGGACCGUCAGUCAGGAGCCAGUUUUAUUUUCUUGCUCUAUUGCUGAGAACAUCGCUUACGGUGCGGACUGCCCUUCCUCCGUGACAGCAGAGCAGGUGGAGAGGGCUGCAGAGGCCGCCAACGCUGCAGCCUUCAUCCGGAAGUUCCCCCGAGCUUUCCACACAGUGGUGGGGGAGAAGGGUGUGCUGCUGUCAGGUGGACAGAAACAGCGGAUUGCAAUUGCCCGGGCCCUGCUUAAGAAUCCUAGAAUUCUUCUCCUGGAUGAAGCGACCAGUGCGCUGGAUGCCGAAAAUGAGUACCUCGUGCAAGAGGCUCUGGAUCGACUGAUGGAGGGAAGGACAGUGUUAGUCAUUGCCCACCGCCUGUCCACCAUCAAGAAUGCAGACGUUGUCGCUGUUCUUGACCGUGGAAAAAUCACCGAACACGGGAAGCAUGAAGAACUACUUUCAAGACCAGACGGGUUGUACAGAAGACUAAUGAGCAAACAGAGCGUUCCCUCAGCGUGAAGAAGCAGCUCCCCAUGCACUGAGCCUGGGAGGCUUUAAAGCAUGGUGGCACUGCAGGAAAAACGCAGACUAAUGAAAUCCACAAGUCACACUUCAAGAUACUUGAAAUAUGUCUAUUUUUCCAAAGUAUGUAAAAAUACUGUUUUGAACCAUCCCUGUUCUCAAGACCUUUUAGCAGUGUGACUUUCUAAGUGUCCCUGCACCAGGGCCUUCUCCUGGUUCUGCGCUCCCCUUCAUGGAGAGGAGCACAGUGUUGCCCAGCACCUCGUGCUCUUUGCCUGACCUCGCAUAUUCAAACUAUUGUGGAGAGAGCUCUUGAAAUGGAAUUAUAAACAAGGAGCAAGGACUCUGGACCAGCUUAGCACACAUUGUCACCCAGUGUCCUCUCACUGGGUAGUAGAAGUGCCACUCGGCCUUUACGGAAGCGAAGCUGCCAGGCAGAGCGUCAGGUAGAGGAAGGGGACAUCCACGCUACCUAUGCCUUGGAGUUCCUGCAGUGUGAUCCUGGAGUGCGACAUCCAGACGUGCACAGUCUCCAACAACCUGGCACUUGGAAGCCUGACUGGUUUGAACAAGGGAAGGAAGCGGUUCCUCCAACCGGAAAGCUUUGUGUUCUCUCUUCCCAUGUCUGUUUCUGUGAGUACUCUUGGUGCAAGGCACAAAUUGCUGGGUAUCACAAGAAAGAGGGAUGAACAUGAACUUUACAUGUCAGUUGUAUGAGGCAUGCAUUUGAAAAUUAUCUGUCAAAAGCUUAUAAUUCCCAGAGAAACUAAAGUUUAUAGUUUUUAUAAUACUUUUGAAUUUUCAUGAAUAUAGCUAAAAUCUGAAUAACAUGGCUAUCAUUUUCAGCCAUAAGAUAUUUGAAGAAAAUUUGAAAGCCUUCCUGCUCCACAGAGCCCAGAACCUUCUGUCGUGGCACUGUCCUGAGGAGGACACCAGUGGCCCCCCUUCUUGUAUUUAUGAGAAUAGUCUUGUUCACCUGAAUGACUCAGUCGCUAAAACAAAGUGACAGCUCCCGAGUUUGCCAUGUUCUGAUUCGUGCUGGUAACUUGCUGUUGCCUCUAGAAAAAGUGCUUUUUCUACAUCGAUGAUGCCAAAGCCUGAGUUGCUAUGCUGGCGUGGACUGGAAGCCCCUGGUGCCCAGAUGGCCUCCCUCCAGAUCCUCCUGGAAGAAGCAGCCCGUUUCAGUAGAGGCUUAGAGUGUUAUGUUUUUUUCGACAAAAGGGAAUUUAAUAAUGAAUAAAAUGAUUCAGUGAAUGAGU